GUUCCCCACGCCCUAGCCCACGCACGCAAAGAAGCCCCUGUGUCUUUUGUUCGCUCCUCCGCCGCCGCGUCUUGUUGCUAGGGUUUCGUUUCGCCUCCCAAUCCUCCGACCGAUGGCGGCCGAGGAAGGCGAGAAGAAGAUGAUCACGCUCAAGAGCUCGGACGGUGAGGAAUUUCAGGUCGAGGAGGCGGUCGCCAUGGAGUCGCAGACCAUCCGCCACAUGAUCGAGGACGACUGCGCCGACAACGGCAUCCCGCUCCCCAACGUCGACUCCAAGAUCCUCUCCAAGGUCAUCGAGUACUGCAAGAAGCACGUCCAGGCCAGCCCCAAACCGGCCGACUCCGGCGCCGCCGCCGACGCCAGCUCCUCCACCUCUACUGCAGCCGCCGCCCCUGCCGAGGACCUCAAGAGCUUUGAUGCCGAGUUCGUCAAGGUCGACCAGGCCACCCUCUUCGACCUCAUCCUGGCUGCAAACUACCUCAACAUCAAGGAAUUGCUCGACCUUACUUGCCAGACAGUUGCAGACAUGAUCAAGGGAAAGACUCCGGAGGAGAUCCGCAAGACUUUUAACAUCAAGAAUGACUUCACACCCGAGGAGGAGGCGGAGAUCCGCAGGGAGAACCAGUGGGCUUUUGAGUAGAAAAGAGAAUGCUUAGUAUUCGUGUUUUUUUUAGACUUCGUAUCAUCGUAUGUCUAUGUAUCAGCGCUGCCUUUUCUAUGUCGUCCUAGUGCUAGUGGUCGUAAUUAUUCUAGAGUCAAAACAUCGUGUAUUCCUGCAAGAAGAAACCUAUCGUGGCCAGUGGUCAUUACCUGUGAAACUGAAUUACUAUUAAUUGUCAA